CGUCCUCUUCUUUUAGGGCAAUGCAGUCCACUGCAAGGUGGAACGCGCCAAGCAGCCACCAUAUCCUCCUCACUGGAAUUCUCGCCACAGGCACCGCCGCCAUCUCCAGCAAGCGCCUAAAGCUUCGCGUUGUCACCUCCCAAGCGCCAGCUUCUCCUUCCUCGCAAGCCAUGGAUUCUCCACAUAGACCUCAAGCCAUGGAUUCUCCACAGAGACGUCAGGAGUCUGGCAAAUUGGCAGGCUCAGUGGUCGCGCUUGGGAAGUUCGAUGCCUUACACAUUGGCCACCGAUCUCUGGCCGAGCAAGCUUCACGAAUGGGGCCUCCGGUUGUUCUCUCUUUCACGGGAAUGGGAGAAAUCCUUGGCUGGGACAAGAGAUUGCCAGUCGUUGCUCCUUGUGAUCGAGCGCGAGUCAUGCUCUUGUGGAGCGCUCAAUGCUCGGGUCUAACUCCGGAUGAAUUCUCGCUCGAGUUUGGCAAAGUUCGUCAUCUGAGUCCACAACAGUUUGUGGAGAAGCUGGCAGUGGAGCUCCGAGUGAAAGGCGUCGUCGCUGGCGAGAACUACCGCUUUGGAUACAAGGCAGCAGGGGACUCAUCAGAGCUCAAGAAACUUUGCAAGGAAUGGGGGCUGGACGUCUUUGUGGUGGAAGCUGUGAUGGACAAGUUCGACCAAGCGCCAUCGUCAGUGCAAGGCGAUGCCAGAGACCGGGGUCAGGUGUCGUCGACCAGGGUAAGAAAAGCUCUAGCUGAUGGUAACAUGAAGAGAGUCACAAACUUGCUCGGGAGGAACCACCGGUUGUUCAUGACACUUGACAAUGCAACGAGGAUACAGAUCGAGAGCGAAGAACAAGACCAUGAAGAACAAAGAGAGAAACGAGUGCUCUACAAGGUACCUCUCUCAGACUCAUGCAACCAGUAUCCAGCACAGGGAUCGUAUCGGUGCAAGGUAGCGUUUCAGGGGCUGGGACAGCAACAACAGACUUGGAAUGGAAAUGGUGGUGCGCUUGAGCGCUCCUGGGAAUGCGAUGUCGAGAUAACAGAGGACGAAGCUAGAAUCUGGGACUUGGAAACGCCAGAGAGCCUGGAACGGCGACAGGGAUUUGUGAGUAUAGAAUUCCGGUAGUAAAGUGACACUCUUACAAA